AUGGGACUCCAGAUGAGGCACAGGCGAGAGGGGACAGAGGAUGCCUCAGCCCUGGACAGAAUCAGCAACGAGGCAGGAAUGAGGAAAGACUGGCUCUGGGCCCCAGAGGAGUCCCCGGGGGCCACUUCUCCUACACAGCACAAGGACCAGGAGGGGCAGGUGGGCACCUCCCCCACGCACUGUGCAGUCUCCUUUAGGGCACGGAUGCUCGGGAAAGGCAGCUCGGCUAGGUGGGGGUGCUGGAGCCAAACCAGGCUGGCAUCCCAGCGGCUCCCUGCCCCCAAUGCCUCUGGUUCCUCGCCUAUAAACCAGGGGAGGGGCUGUGGCUACUCAGCUCCCUACAGGAUGUGUGUGGCUGGGGGAACAGAGAAUGGGCGCCCCCACUCCCCCCCACCCCCGGCCCCGCGCUCACUGCUCCGCCCAGCACCCCUGUGCCAAGCGCACGCGGCAGCCAGCCGGCCCGUUGGGGCUGCUCUCACGGAGAGGCCGAUCAAUGAACGCACAGCGCCUGGCACGGAGCCCGCCUGCCCAGCACAUGGUCGUGCUCGAGCUCAGCGAACAUCCGCUAUAGCAGGCCUCGCGGAUAACCGGGGGAUGUGGGCAGGGGGUAAGGGGCAUCAGAGCCAGGCAUCCUGCCGGUGUCCCCCCAUCCGGGGGGCCCAUCCAACACUCAGGACUCCACCCGCUGGUCACACAGAGCGCUGGCAGCAGAGCCGGGUUCUGUGGGGGACCCCUCCCGGGCGCAAGGCAGGUCUGGAAACUCCAGUCAGCCUCUGCCUUCCCCUCCAGCUCAAGGAAGAACAUGGCCAAGUUUCUGGAAUGUCCCUCUCAGGUCUGCAAGAGAGCCCCCCCCUCCUCCCCCACUGCCUGGGAUUCCUUAUUCACAUGCCCCCUGGAGGGGAUCACGAGCACUGA